GGCGCGAUCGACAGUCCCGCUAGCGUCUCCUCUACCAAACCCCAGGACUGGAAGAUGUGGCAGCCGGCCACGGAGCGCCUGCAGCACUUUCAGACCAUGCUGAAGUCUAAAUUGAAUGUCCUAACACUGAAAAAGGAACCUCUCCCAGCGGUCAUCUUCCAUGAACCAGAGGCCAUUGAGCUGUGCACGACCACACCGCUGAUGAAGACAAGGACUCACAGUGGCUGCAAGGUUACCUACCUGGGCAAAGUCUCCACCACUGGCAUGCAAUUUUUGUCAGGCUGCACAGAAAAGCCGGUCAUUGAGCUCUGGAAGAAGCACACGCUAGCCCGAGAGGAUGUCUUUCCAGCCAAUGCCCUCCUGGAAAUCCGGCCAUUCCAAGUGUGGCUCCAUCACCUCGACCACAAAGGGGAGGCCACAGUGCACAUGGAUACCUUCCAGGUGGCCCGCAUCGCCUACUGCACCGCCGACCACAACGUGAGCCCCAACAUCUUCGCCUGGGUGUACAGGGAGAUCAAUGACGACCUGUCCUACCAGAUGGACUGCCACGCCGUGGAGUGCGAGAGCAAGCUCGAGGCCAAGAAACUGGCCCACGCCAUGAUGGAGGCCUUCAGGAAGACUUUCCACAGUAUGAAGAGUGACGGGCGGAUCCACAGCAACAGCUCCUCCGAAGAGGUUUCCCAGGAAUUGGAAUCCGAUGACGGCUGAAUGAACUUGAGACGCUUCAGCAAAGGCAGCAUUGGUCACGGAGUUCAAGGGAAUCGAUGAGUAAGCAACGUUUCAAAUUCGGGAUGAAAAGACUGCCAAACUAUUGGCUGACCAAGCUUUUUAAAUUCAGAAGAGCAAUUCUAAAUCUAAAGAAAUGUAUCAUUAAAGUAAUUACGUUACAUUGAAACCUGCUGCUGCUGUGACUGUGAGGAGGGUGGGAGUGUGGAUGGGGAGGAAGGUUCUAGACUCUCUUCUUGUUUUUCUCAUUUCCCAAUGCCUCUCUGUGGGAGAGCUCCAUGCCAGUUUUCACCACUCUCAGGCAAAUACUCUGCAGCUGUUAUUGGAUGGGCCAUUCCAGUCUGCCUUAUGAAAUUCCACAAGAAUGUUAGGGGCACCUAUGGGAUCUCCAGUGGGAUGGGCAGGGUGCUGAUGGGGACGCUGGCCACAGGGAGGAAGGAAUAUCUCUGUUCCUCUCCCAGGGCAGAUGCCCUCCUCUGUAUGCAAAUCAGCACAGCCUUUAUUGAGCUUUACAACUAACAACCUGAUAGUUGGCAGUUAAUUCACAGUUACAGAUAAUGCUUUUAUUUACAUAAAUAUACCAAGUAGUACCCUCUUAUUGUAUUCACUUCAUCUAUUUUCUUAGAAUACUUGCAAUUACUAAUGGCCCCUUCCCUUUCCCUCCUCCUGCCCUAUCCACCCUCUUUCCCCUUCUCACAUCCCUAGAGGGAUGGAAUCUCAACAUACAUUGCAGGACACCAAAAGGAAGAAAACAAUCAAGCAAAUGAAAUAAACAGUCAAACAAACCAGGAGUUUAGAACAACAACCCCAACAACAGAAGCCUUGGCAAAGGGUAAUGAGUGACCAACAAGUGAACACACUCUAUGUCAGCUCUCCUUUUAUCCAGCUGAGAUUUAUGGUAACUUAUUUAAUGAAUGGUCCUGUCCCAUGCAUCCUUGAUGGCAAGCUUCAAAUCCAAUUUGGUAUCACCACGGAAGCCUCGCUUCCAUCACUCAGCAUCGCACUUAGAUAGAGAAUGAGAUAAUCUUGGCUUGUCUAGA